AACUGGGGGAGGAGAUUGCCCCACUGCCUUAUAAGGCUUCUUCCCAUGAUCCUCUCUUUCUCUUCACCAUCUUUUUCUCUUCCCGGCCGCCGCAGCCAUGAAGGUCGAGCUGUGCAGUUUCAGUGGGUACAAGAUUUACCCUGGACAUGGGAGGCGCUACGCCAGGACCGACGGGAAGGUUUUCCAAUUUCUUAACGCAAAAUGCGAGUCUGCAUUCCUUUCCAAGAGGAAUCCUCGGCAGAUAAACUGGACUGUCCUCUACAGAAGAAAGCACAAAAAGGGACAGUCGGAAGAAAUUCAAAAGAAAAGAACCCGCCGUGCAGUCAAAUUCCAGAGGGCCAUCACUGGUGCAUCUCUUGCUGAUAUAAUGGCCAAGAGAAAUCAGAAACCUGAAGUUAGGAAGGCUCAACGAGAACAAGCCAUCAGGGCUGCCAAGGAAGCAAAAAAGGCUAAGCAAGCAUCUAAAAAGACAGCAAUGGCUGCUGCUAAGGCUCCCACAAAGGCAGCACCUAAACAAAAGAUUGUGAAGCCUGUCAAGGUUUCUGCACCCCGAGUUGGUGGAAAACGCUAAGUUUGCAGAUCAGAUUUUUAAAUAAACAUCUGACUAUAAUUAGA